CAUUGCACUCGAAAGUUGCCAGACAUCCGCGGAUAGUAUUUUUUUAUAUCCUCGAUCAUUUAUAUAUAUAUAUAUAAAAACUUUUAAAAUGAUUAAAUUGUUCGAUUUAAUAUAUAAUAUAAUAUUCACAUUGACGGAAAAAUGUUAUUAGUUCGAAUAAUAUUUUAACGAAAUUUUUACAUGGCAUGCCGUAAUGUAACGAAGUUAGUCUGUCAGAGUCGGUGGAGAGAGAGGGUGAGUAGGGUGUGGGCGUCUCGUCUUCCUGCAAGAAUAAGCAGCAAACCACUUAUCUGAUGGUAUUCGACGACCAAGACGUAAUCUAUGCGCCUCUCGCUUACUUAUAACAUUUAAUUUGGGCAAAUUUUAAACAGCUAACAUGCCUGUUUUUCAUACUAAAACUAUUGAAAGUAUUUUGGAACCAGUUGCUCAGCAGGUUUCUCGUCUGGUGAUCCUUCACGAAGAGGCUGAAGAUGGAAAUGCCAUGCCAGAUCUGUCUCGACCAGUUCUUGCAGUCAGUAAAGCAGUCACAAAUCUCGUUAAGGUUGGAAGGGAGACCAUUAACAGCAGUGAUGAUCAAGCUUUACGACAAGAUAUGCCUUCAGCUCUCCAGAGAGUCGAAAAGGCUUCUAAAUUAUUGGAAGAAGCAUCCACCUUACUAAGCAGCGAUCCAUAUUCUCAGCCUGCACGCAAGAAAUUAAUAGAUGGAGCCAGAGGAAUUUUAUCAGGAACAUCACAACUACUUAUGUGUUUUGAUCAAUCCGAAGUACAAAAGAUCAUAAGAGAGUGCCAAAAAGUCCUUCAGUAUUUACAAGUAGCAGAAGUAAUUGAAAAUAUGGGUGAUCUCGUCAAAUUUGUAAAGGAUCUCAGCCCUUGUUUGACAAAAGUUUCCAGAGAAGUCGAUGCUAGAGAAAAAGAAUUAACUAUUCAAGUUCAUCGUGAAAUAUUAAUUAGGUGCCUUGAUUCAAUAAAAACACUUGCACCAAUUUUCAUUUGUAGUAUGAAGAUUUUUAUUCAGAUUUAUUCUCAAGGUGGCAAAGGUUUAGAGGCAGCUGCAGAGAAUAGAAACUAUAUGACUCAGAGAAUGACAGAUGAAAUAAAUGAAAUUAUUAGAGUCCUACCCUUAACAACAUACGAUGAAGACGAAUGGGAUGCUGAUAACUUAACUGUUAUGAAGAAAGCUCAAAAUGCAAUCGAUGGUAAAUUACAAGCGAGUCACGAUUGGUUGGAGGAUCCAAUAGCAGUAACUGGUGGUAUCGGAGAAAAAUCUCUACGUCAAAUUCUAGAAUAUGCUCAGAGAAUAGCUGAACGCUCACUUCCACCUAAUAAUGAUUCGAUCAAAAAAAUGUGUGGUGAUAUCAAAUCUAUGACUGAUGGACUGUGUGAACUCAGACAAGAUGGUAAAGGAACAUCUCCACAAGCUCAAGCUUUAUCUAGGGGUAUUGGUCAAAAAUUAAAGGAACUAAAUGGUUUAAUUCAGCAAGCUGUAAUAAAUGUGGAGAGAAGUGGAAUUCAACAACCUGCUCACACUAUAGGAGGACGCAUAGAGCAAGCUGAACAAUGGCUUGCAAAUCCUACCUAUAAUGAUCGAGGAUUUGGACAACAUGCCAUACAGCUCAUUGUUGAUGAGGGACAUAAAUUAGCCGAGAGCUGUCCCACUCAAAGAGGUGAACUUCAUUAUAUGUGCAGUGAAAUUGAAUCUUUGACAAGACAGUUAGCAGAAAUGUGUCGUGGAAAACAGGGUAUUACUCCUCAAACUGAAGCCACAGCUAGAAAAUUAUUCAUAAAAUUACAUGAUUUGAAAAACCAUAUUCAACAAGCACUUGUGAAUAGAGUAGUUGAAGAUUUUAUUGACAUUACAUCACCUUUGAAACAUUUUACUGAAGCUGUACUAGCUCCAGAAGGUACAAUAAAUCGAGAAAUUAAUUUUCAAGAUAAAGCCAAAGCUUUGAAUCAGUUCUCUCAACUCACUUCCUGUACUGCAAGAAAUGUAGCAACUGGUGGUUCUGCAAAUAAAAGAUUGGCAGAAGCCUUAUUAGCUUCAGCUAAUCAUGUUGAGAGUCUCACACCACAGUUAAUAAAUGCUGGAAGUAUUCGUAUGAGUUAUCCAGAAAAUAAGGCAGUCGACGAGCAUUUUGAGAAUUUACGCAAACAAUAUGCAGAAAGUAUACAGACUAUGAGAAAUUUAGCAGAUGAAGCAACUGAUACAUGCAGUUUUAUUAAGGCUUCUGAGGAUUGUAUAAGACAGCAUACAGAUGCUUGUGAAGGAAGCAUUGUACGAUUACAACCACAACACAUGGUAGAUAACACUUCCAGCAUAGCUCGGCUAGCUAAUCGAGUAUUGAUGGUAGCCAAACAAGAAUCGGAUAACUCAGAAGAUCCAUUGUUUGUGGGGAGAGUAAAUCAAGCUGCAGAUCAACUACAAUCAACUGUAACACCUUUGGUUCACGAUGCUAAAGCAGUAGCAUUAAAUAUGAUGGAUCAAGUUGCAAUUUCAAGAUGGAGGCAGUCUAACAAAGCCGUCAUAACAGCUGUUGGCCAAGUGAGAUAUGCAGUCAUGACAACUCCAGAAGAACAUCCUCCCGCUAUUCCGCCUCCACCUGACAUGAGUUCUCUUUACAUUAAUAAAAAAGAACAGCUGAUCGACUAUCCUGAUUUCAAUGAAAUAUUUAAUGUGGAUUUUAAUUCAAUCUUUGCGCCCACUGUUUCUCCUCAGUUUACCGCAUCGCCACCGAGAGUUGAAGAUACAGAUGCCAAAAAGAAAUUAUCUCCUCUUCCAGCUCAUUAUCAUUUCUUCUCUAAUAAAGUCUCACCUACAGUUCGUCAGCAACCAUCUCCUUCACAUUCUCCUAUACCUUCCCCUCACACACCUUCUCAUUCUCCACGACCUCUUUCUCCUUUGCCUAAGUGGGCAAGAGGCAAUACUUCAGACCUCCUAUAUCAAGAAAUGUAUCGCGAUCAGAAAGAGGAUAUUUAUCCACUCUCAUCAGAAGAGAAAGAGCCACCACCUCGUCCACCACUUCCUGAAGAUGAUAUCCCUCCACCACGCCCACCUCCUCCAGAAAUGGAUGAUGAGUUUGAAGCAAAGUUUCCUACACUCCAACCUAAUCAACCCAUCAUGGUAAAAUUUCAAAUUUAAAAAAUUU